AUGGUCGUGACGCGAAGCAUGAAUGAAGAAGGCACUAAAACGAAAAACUCGCAUGAAUCCACCGAAAACGAAACAAGCGCCGAAUCCUCUAUGCAGUCAAGUCAAGUGGAGGACUCACCGAAUAGAGAAGACACCUCCCAGAAAACAGUGAAGGCGAGGUCACACCGUUCCACGGUCUCAAGGAAAAAACUGGAAGAAUUGGAGAUUAAAGAACGACUGGCCAAGUUAAAAAUCAAACAGCUGCAAGCAGAGGCAGAUAUGGAGAUAGCGCGAUUACAACGUUUACGGGCAGAAAAAGACUCCGAGGAAGAAUAUUCUGAAGAAGAAAAUGAAGACUCCACGUGGGUGGAUGCGUGGUUUGAUCAACAGCCACGCGAAAAAGAAGUUCCUAUGCCACGGGAGGAGAAACAAGAUGAGGCAGCCGCGGAGAGGAAAUUCAAGCAACCGCAGCAAACCAUCGACGUUUCGACAUUAACGACAGCACUACUGCAAGCAUCAAGAAGACGACCAAGGGAGCCGCCUGCAUAUAUACAAGAGUUGCCUAUGUUCAGGGGCCUCUCUUAUGAAUGGUUAUCAUUCAAGGCAAGCUACGAAGAUACACAGCAAUACUUCUCGAAGAUAGAAAACGUAGCACGCCUGCGAAAAUGUAUAAAGGGACCAGCACUAGACGCCGUGAGCAGCCUACUCCUGAGUCAACAUGAACCAAAUGUCAUCAUAGAAGCACUGGAAAGAAGAUUCGGAAGACCAGAAGCACUCAUACUCAUCGAGAUGGAUAGAAUCAAGUCACUGAGCAAGAUCACCGAUAACCCACGGGAUCUCUGCGUGUUCGCCGGCAAAAUAGCGAACACAGUCGCUACGAUUGAAGCACUGAAGAAAACACAAUAUCUACACAGCCCAGAAAUGACACGUCUCAUCAUAGAGAAGCUCACACCUAUAAUAAAAAAUAAAUGGUACGACUACGCGCUGAAAAAGGAAGACAUCCCGGAAUUGAAGAAAAUGUCUGUCUUCCUAAACGAAGAGGCAGACAAAUGUGCAGCGUACGCCGCGCCGGAACGUCUCGUUGAGAGCGAGACGGCAACAAGGGAGAGAGCGAGACGGAAGAUCGAACAUUCAUUUGCUACUAAUAUGAAGCAAAACAAUGAAAAUGUAUGUCCGCUGUGCAAACGCAACCAUCAGCUGCCUGACUGCGAGCAAUUCAAUAACAUCGACGUUAAUUCAAGAUGGGAAACUGCAAAGAAGAAUAACAUAUGCUACAAGUGCCUGAGAAGUAAACAUCGACGCGCCGUCUGCAGAGCUCCAUGGUGUGGCAAAUCUGGAUGCCACAUGAAACACCAUCACUUGUUGCAUCAUGACAGAAAAGAAGAGGACCAGCUUCAACAACCACCAGAAGAGCAUGGGGUGGUAACUUCUACGAUGGAAGGCAAUGAAGAAUGUCUCCGACGUCGCGCCUAUCUGAAAAUAGUACCUGUCAUAUUGCAAGGGCCGAAGAGCAAGAUAGAAACAUACGCUCUUCUCGACGAAGGCAGCACAGUGACACUCAUCGAUACAUCGGUGGCUGACAUCCUGGGUAUUGAUGGUCCGGCAAACACGAUGUGGAUACAGGGCGUCGGCGCCAUGGUCAAGCAUGAACACAGCAAGACAACCAGCGUGAAAAUCAAGGGCAAACACUCUUCAACCAUCUUCAAGCUAGAUCAAGUCCGCACAGUGGAUCGACUGGAUAUCACUACCCAGUCGGUCGUCGACAGCGACAUAAAGGAGUGUGGUCACCUGAAAGAAAUACAAGAAGAACUCGUCUACCACCGUGCCUCCCCCAAGUUAUUAAUAGGACAAGAUAACUGGGAUCUCAUCGUGUCAAGAGAAGUACGGGCGGGACGUCGUGACCAACCGGUAGCAUCCUACACGCUACUAGGUUGGGUUCUGCAUGGUUGCAAGACGUCUCUCAGCAACCCGGUGACUUUCUGCGGGCACCUGGUGGAGAAGAAAGAUGACGUCAACAUAGAAGAAAUGAUGAAAAAUUACUUCAAGCUGGAGUCACUAUGCAUCGAACCCAGAAAACCAAAAAAUGAUCCAGAGCAGCGAGCUUUGAAAAUACUAGAACGAGAAAGUCGCCGUCUUCCGAAUGGAAGAUAUGAAACUGGGCUACUCUGGCGAGAAGACAGCAUGAAAAUACCGAACAAUUACACCGAAGCAAGAAAACGCCUGCAUAACCUCGAAAAGAGAUUAGACAGAGAUGAAGACCUGAAAAUUAAAUACAACGAACGAAUCAAUAACCUACUCACGUCGGGGUAUGCAGAGCACGCCAAGACACCGCCAGCUGAAGACAGAACAUGGUACCUGCCACACUUCCCGGUUGCGAACCCAGCGAAGCCACACAAGCCGCCGCGACUGGUGCAUGACGCCUCCGCUAAGACUGCAGGUCUCAGCCUAAACGACCUGCUGCUUUCUGGACCUGACCUGUUGCAAUCACUGCCUGGGGUGGUGAUGAGGUUCAGACAGUACGCCUACGGAGUCUCUGCAGAUAUCAAAGAGAUGUUUAUGCAAGUAAAAAUUAAGAAAGAAGACCGCGACGCGCUCCGUUUCCUGUGGAGAGGUGACCGGCGGGAGGGCGACCCAGACGAGUACCGCAUGACGUCAUUAAUAUUCGGAGCGACGUCAUCACCCUGCACCGCUCUGUAUAUAAAAAACCGCAACGCAGAAGACUACGCGCAUAUAUAUCCCGACGCCGCAAUCGCUAUACGAAGAAAUCAUUAUAUGGACGACUAUCUACAAAGCUUCUCAUCAAUCUCAGAAGCCAGAAAAAUAACAAGAGAAGUCGAUUAUAUACAUAAACAAACCGGCUUCGUACUCAGCGGAUGGGCAUCAAACAAUCGCAAUACUAUCGACGAGUUUAUAGCAAGCGAGCGAGACAACACUUCAGAGAGCGGGACAAAUAGUACAGCGGUUCUGAUUGGCGGGAGCGGUACUGAGCGAGCUCUCGGCUUGUUAUGGGAUAUAAAUGAAGACAUAAUUGGAUUUCAAGUUAACAAAAUAAAAACGCCGCAAGAUAUAUUAGAAAACAAACGGAUACCAACGAAAAGAGAAGCGCUCAGCAUCAUCAUGGCACUCUUCGACCCCCUUGGCCUCAUAUCACCCAUCACAACGCCAGCGAAAAGAUUACUGCAGGAUACAUGGCGCUAUAAAACAGGCUGGGACGAAUCGCUACCAGAAGAACUGCAGCCAGCAUGGAGUACUUGGUUGACAUCAUUGCGAACUGUACACAAGAUACGCAUACCACGAUGCUAUGAUGUCACACCAGUGGUCACCCAUCAUCUGCAUACCUUCGUGGAUGCCAGUGAAGAGGCGUACGCCGCGGCAGUGUACUGGCUGUCACAAAGAGCCGACGGUACCACACAUGUCACCUUGGCCGCCGCUAAAAGUCGCGUCGCACCGCUCAAGCCCGUCUCAAUCCCGAGACUUGAACUUCAAGCUGCGUUAAUGGGUGCGCGCCUCGCACAUACCGUGGCGGAGGAGCACGACUACGAAAUAGCGAGUAAAACAUACUGGAGCGACUCUCGGACAGUCCUAGCAUGGAUAAGGUCAGAACCAAGGGCCUUUAAGACCUUUGUGGCUCACCGCCUGGCUGAAAUAGAAGACACAACAAAAAAAAAUGAAUGGCGGUGGGUCCCUACACAUGAAAAUGUAGCUGAUGAUGCCACCCGAGGUAUACCAAGCGAAUUCGGACCACAGCACAGAUGGUUCAACGGGCCAUCAUUUUUACAUCAGCCAGAAAACGAGUGGCCGCGAGAAACAAGGACAGCGAUAUCAGUCACGGGCGAAGAGCGAGAGAGAUGCCAUGUGACCGUUACAAGUACGGCUCACGCACACUUACCUGACAUCGACCGAUUCUCGCGGUGGCUGCCGCUCAUCAAAUCGACUGCGCGCGUGCUACAAUUUGUCGAUCUCUGUCGACCUCAAAGAAAUAUUGUAGCCGCCACGAAGAAACGAACCAAGCAGAAUGAAAAGGGCGAUGUUGACUGGAAAAAAAGAAUAAUGAAAAAAUCAUAA